CUAUGCAACCGUUGAAAACUUUAAAACCGUUUGAACUUGCCUGAUCUCUCAGGAAACAGCCCUCAAAUCUAUGAAUGUUAUUGGUCCGUUUCCAAGAAAAAAAAGAAUUUAGUGCCCCUGGUUUAGUGUCCGCACUCUAUUAAAGUCACAGAAAAGUCAAGAAAUUUUAUUUUGAGAAGGUGAAAUUUUAUCUCCAAGGAUUUAAUACCACUGAAGGCUUAAAGAAGCUUUUCACCGUCACUGUGAUCUCAGGUGAUGUCCGGCUUUCGUUAAUGAAAGAGGCGAAAUGUCACUGUCAAACUUAAUAUUCAUAAAAAGGGCGGAAUAGUUUGAAAUGAUAGCCUAAGGCAGUGUCAAUAUCGUACAUUUCUAUUUAUUUUCUCAGGAUAUAAUCAUUUUUGUCCAUGAAAUGUGAGAGAAUUUUGAAACUUAUGUCUGUGGCAAACAUGCACUGCAGUGAAUGUAAGAACUUGGAAAGGCUAUGGCAUUUAAACAAUGCACUUACUGUUUACUAUUUUGUUUUCCGUUUUUGUUCUUUUGUUAGAACUGUGAUGAGGGAAGUGCUUUUGGUGAGCUCGUUCAAGAUAUGGAACUGAGAAAUGUUGAAGUUCAGCAGUUAUGCAGAAAGGUGACUGGAUCUCAAUUAAUGUAGUUUACAGUUAGGUUUACUGCCGUUAAUCCACAUUAAGUACAUUAUCAACUUUUCGUCGCGGUGGAAAAUAUAACAUUUAAAUUAUAGCAUUUAAAGUUCGCUAUAAUUUUCCCAUCUUAUCUAUAAAGCAAAACCGCUUACGAGGUUAACGAAAGGAGCAGCACAAGCCGCCACGGAGGUAGCAGGUUUAAUAAAGGAAAACAGCAUCUCUGCACGUACGUCACGUUUAUUGGUACCUAUCCUUGCCGUCACUAUGACGUGUAACUUUCAAAUGCCAGGUCUUUGGAUUGCGUAAAUAUACGACGAUGAAUUCAGUUUUUUCGCCUUUCUGAGCGUGCCCGUGGUCCCUAAUAAUUUUACUCUAGGAAAAUUAGCGAACAUUUAACAAACUGAACCCGCUGGAAUAUUCGUAGAGAAGCCUGAUAGAAGGAAAUUAGUGUAGGGCUGUCGUUCUUGCUGCCGUCACCCUCGCGCGUGUUGCUUCAGCUCCUUGUUGAAAUGUCUUUCGUCUCUCUCCUGUCCCUCGCUUCGCGAGGGCUACAUGACAUUUUUUGAAGCCUAUGUUGCAAUGUAAACUUAAUGAUUUUGUACGGCUUCCGUUACACUUUAGCUCCUACUUAAGUCUCUCUUGACUUGGUUAUCUGUCAAAACCUGCCAGAUUGUUUGGAGUUGUUCUGAAACUAGUCUGCCCAGCAGUGGAGCAUCAAGGGUCCUUCGUGGUAAUUACAGACGGUCGUGUCUCGAACUCAAAUGACCUCAACGAAAUGGUGUUACUAUAUCUGCGGAGGAGACUAAAAAGUAUCAUUGUGGACGGUAAAAAACAUUGACUGGGACCGUGUACUCUGUUCCAUAUCUCUUAUGGGCGUGGCAAAUUAUUUAACUGUGAUUUGAACCUUUUAACAUGAUUUUAUAUUUCAGAUCAAAAUAAGAAUGCCUGAAGACCAAUCCAGUACGCUGUCAUUUUCUGAUAAGGUUUGUGAGAGCGUCAGUUCGAGAACGAGGAAGAGAUUUUUUCUUGUAUUCUUAAAAAAUUGAGAUCCCGGAAAGCUUCAUUUUGCUUUUUUAAUUAGAAAAAUAAACACGGUUAUUUUAUUGACGGAGGUUAAGCCCUCCUCCGAUCGCAAAAUGAUAAGACUUCUAUCAUUUGAUAACUGGCGUAACCUGUAGUAGAAUGACGGCGGCUAUCACGUUUUCCCGCCAAAACAACGCUGGUUUACGCGCGCCCACUAUCCAAUGUUGAGAAAAUCUGUACUCGUACUUGUCCUCUUCUUAGAAUCUAAAGGUCCAUAUUACGACAGUGACCCCAGGAAAAACAAUACAAACGAAAGGCUUAGUGAGCGAAAAGAAUGUCUUAGUGUACACGUUUUACAACAAACUUCAAGGUCUGUAUUCCCGUUCGCGACAUAACUAUCUGUAUCUGAUAGCAAAGCUUUUCACCUCCGUGACACUGAAUUCGGUCACAUGUAAAUUAAGCAAAACUUAAAGGGGAAAACUGAUGGUUUAAAAGUGUGGCAUUUUUGCCGUGUCUUCUGAUGCCACGAGUGAAUAUGGAGUUGGUUUCCUGAAUCUGUUCUUAGAGUGUGAUUGAUUUGACUAUCCAUGUCUGCUUUCUGCCUGUAGAUCGAUGCACCCUCUCAGUCCUGUAACUCAUGUUUUUUUCUGUGAUUCAGGUUCAAGAGUCACUGAUUGCCUGCGCGAAACAGCAGAGUCAACAGCUCAAAUUUUGUCGAGAAUUAGCUUCUGCAGUAGCACAGAAGGCGUCUAGUUUAGCUGGUAAGAACUAUCAGCAAACUCCUGUUUCUACACAAUAGCAUCCCCUCCUGUUGUUCUUAACUGUUCUUCUGCACAUGCAGCUGAAAUGUUAUGUAUCGGCGUCGCUUCCGGUAAAAUCACCCAAUCACAGGUAAAACCAAAACAACCCGUGACUUGCUUGCACGCGUUUUCGCGCGCUAAUCGCCCUCUGCCAUUCCUUGUCACUUAUUGGUUUUUCUUCGUUGUGACUGGCUACUGGCCAUUGUCAGGUGAGCGUGAGUCUGGGUCCGUGUUUUGUCGAAUCGCACUGUGGGACUAUUUUGUCGAACGACCUUUCCUAUGCAACUUCCUAUCUGCCAAUGAAAGAAGCGUUACCGUCCGCAUAAAAGCCCCAUAAUGCAAUUCGAAAAACCAUUGACCCAACCUCACGCAAACUGACCCCAAAAUGGCCAAUUAAAAGUGAUCGCUUUGGUUUUAAAGCCUGACUAACCCAUGAGGCAUUGUCGUGAACUCGAAUGUUUCCGUGGAAAGCGGCCCAGCAACAUGUUACGGACGCAGAUUUGCUUUUGAGCCAAAUGUUUUAGGGUUAAACUACUUCAGAACUACAAACGUCUCCGCCACAGCUUUCCUUAGCUCAGGCGGUAUUUUAGUUUCAGGACUCACAGUUUAAUACUAAUCUAUCAAUACCACAAGAGUAAAUCAUGAUGUAUCGAAGGGAGCGUUUGGUGAUUGCUAGACUUUUUAGAUACCUUGUUUUUUACUUUACAGAAAGUGAACAUUUGCUAAGUGGCCAGCUAGAUAAGUUAGCAACCGAUAUAGCGGUACUUGUGUUUGAAACAGAUGAAAUCCCCUGUAGAGAUAUUGUCAGGUUAGUUGAACUAUUAUCUUAAACUUCAUUAAUACCAGCAGGUUUUUCUUAUCAGAAUUUCCUUGGUAAGUAAGAAAAGCAGAUAUUUUUCUUGUACAGGAUAAACCUAACAAGUCUUCCCAUCUUGGUUCUAAACGAGCAAGACUUGCACAUAGUAGUAGUCUUUUUUGUUUUUCGUGUCUGUCUGUCUCAGUAUCUCUGUGUGUUUGUCUGUCUUUCUGUGUGUCUGUGUGUGUCCGUCGUUUUGUUUAAUAUCCAGCUUUAUUGUAAUUAAGAGAACGACGUUAUUUGAAUGUCAAUGUAUUUCGCACGAAAGAAGUAAUUAACGACUCUAUUGUUUUUACUUCUCCUACUGGAGACGGGACCGCCAUUUACGAGGUCAUUUGAGCCACACGUAGGUCUAGCCGUAUGCAAAGCAAAGACAGUACCUUCAUUUCUAGGAGUAUUUGUCCUGUCCCGGGAAUCGAACCCGUGACCUCCCGCUCAAGUGCUCUUUCGACUGAGCUUUUCCUGCUGUGGAAAUUUAAGUUAAUCCUCAACAUUUUUGGAUUUAUUUCUGUUCCAGUCAAACGUUCCAUGAAAUUAUCUCGUUCCUGUACUCAUUUGUAACCAAAAUGCAGGAGGGUGAUUAUGAUGCGGAGCUACCUAAGGAGGAGUCCAAGGUAUGCCGGCAUGACUUCGUGUUCUUUGCUAUUGCCUUUUGUUUGUUUGUUUUUAAUCUUUUUUUUCUUCUUUUUUUCUUAUUUUUGUAACGAUAUUUACUGAAAUUAAUGUUCCAUUCCCCACCCCCCCGAAAAAAAAAACAAGAAAAGUAGUAAUAAUAAUAAUACCAAUAAUAAUAAUAUGAUAAUAAUAGUAAUUUUUUAAAAUAAAUAAUAAUAAUAAUAAUUUUAUUCAACUUUAAAAAUAUGUACAUAAUUUACAGAUAUAUUUGAAGUAAGAAUUAAACACUAUAUAACAUUAAGAAUUAUAUAAAUCAUAGAAAACACAAUCACUGUGUUAAUAACGAUUUCUCAAAUACAUUCCUUGCGGCUCAGAUGCGAUCAAUAACUCUUGCAGGCGGUCAAUAAUAAUAAUAAUCAGGGUGAUUUUUGUUCACACAUCUGUUUAGAGAGGGUACUUGUCUUUCUUUGGAACUAUUCAAAGUUUACCUAUCAAACGCAGCAAUGCUGCACGUUUUACCACAGAGUAAUGUUGUCUGUUGCCGAAGCGUUUACUAGGCCUCAUUAUUGCGCGCGGCCGAUGCAUUUCGGGUCACGUGGUCCGAGCGAGUGUUUUAGCGUCCGUCUCGGAUACGUCACCGAAAUGCAUUGACGGAGAAAGCCUGGGAAGACGCCGUACAAGGACUAGGCAAAUGGUCACCCAAUAUGACUCUGAUCUCUUUUCCUUCAGGUGGAACCGCCACAUCUUCAACGUGCAAAAGCCUUUAAGUCUGAGUUGUUUGAUUCAGCUGGUGUGGAAGAAAAACUAUUACAGAAAGAGAACGAGUUCAUGGAUCUCAAGAAAAAUAUGAAAUUGAAGGUAUUAUGGACUUAGAGGUAGAAAUAAUCAGAACCUUUUUCAUCUGGGGAAUUUCUUUUGCGACACGCUUAUUAAAAUGAGACAGAUGUGAGUGUUUCCAAUUCAUGGUACAGAGAGUUGACUGAUAUAAGCUUUACAAACGUCUCUUCUUACUUCCUUAUAUUUUCAGUUCAAUCCUUUGAUCUAUGGAUACGGACCACGCGUGAAAUGAACUUUUUUGCUUCCACUUUCCUUGUUUCCUUUCUAUGUUUAAGACAAGUGUUUACUAAGUACUCAGCUGUGUUGUAAUUUCUCUUUUGUAUUGCCUCUUCUGUCCUCUUCUCUCGUUAAUAGAAUGAAGAGCUCAGUCAGGCUAACAUAAGAAUUGGAUUAUUAGAGAAGCGCUUGGAGAAUAUAAACAAAGAGGUAAGGCCACUCUAUUUAUGAAUCUACCGUCUGUGCAGAAAAAAACAGUGCCUUGACACGAUUAGUUAUUGUUUCUCGAUCCCACUAGUAUGUGCUUGAACGUUUACCCUAACUAAAAGAGGGUUUCUAACCAAAAGUAGUCAAACUAAACUAACAAUUAUUUUAAGGUGGAGUUUGAAGAUCGUUUGGGGAAGCCCCGAGCAAUAGUUCGUCUCCUUUGGUCCCCACCCCAUCCCGCCAGCUCAAAUCCAAAAAUCACUUGUCACGUACUUUCGUGAUGCCAAAGGUGUACGUCUGUGAUUUUUUUUGCGUUUGUGUAGUGCGUCCUUUCGCGACAGAUAAUUUUCCCCUGUGCUUCCUUGUUUGCCUCCUUCGUUGUUUGACUGUUUCUUCAAGGUUUAAUCAGGCAUAACUUUCCUCGAACCAUCACAAUGCCAAAAGGGUCUGUCUUUAUUGAGACUGUUUUGCGUUUUUGUGAGGCGUCUAUUCGCGAUAGGUUAAUUUCUUUUGAUUGUUUGCGUCUUUGUCCUUUCGGACUGUUUCUGGGUUUAUCAAUCAUGGGCAAUUAUAUCUCGAUUAGUCUUAUCUUCGUCUUUUUAAAAAAAAAAAAAAUUCAGCAUGAGAUCGUUAGUCGCCAUUUGAAUAAAUAAUUUUUCUUGUUAAUUGUUGGGCAAAGCCAAGACGUAAGAAUAACUUGAUUUAGGUGAUCGAAAACAUUUCAGCAUUUGACGGGACGGUAAUGGCGUUUCAUGUGUGUUAACUGGUGGUUUGUAAUUAUUCCUUGAAGGCGGACGCUAGGGUGGAGGCAGCAAAUCGUAAAAUGGAACAAGCCACCGGAGAUCUGCACAAAAAGGAACGGUAAGCUUCGAACUUCAGUCAUCCUUUUCUCCUCAAAGGGCCAAGGUUUUUCUAUUCCUUUGUGUAAUUUCGUAAGUUCGAUUAUCUUAGCAGAAUUAGACACCGUCAAGUUUUCUUGCUUCCUUUAGUUUGUCCAUGAAAACAAUGCUUAAAUUUAGUUGGGCACUAUAAAAGUUCCUGCGCAACCAUUUCCCUUCAAUUUCUCUGGGAGGAGCAAAAAGUGUCAAUACCUCUUUUGUGUUUUGUUUAUUUAGUGAAUUUGAAGAUACUAUGGAUGCUCUUCAGCUGGAUAUUGACAAUCUGGAACGCGAGAAAGUGGAUAUGAAGAAACGUUUAGAUGCGUAUUCAAAGAAGUCUCUCCUAGCCGACUUAGCACGCCAUGCUUCAUCGUCGUCCAGUAUUGCAGCUGUUGUGGCAGGUAUGUAAUGCGAUGGCCUUCAUCUUCACCGCCACCAUUAACACCCUCGUCAUCAUCAGCAUCACCAGCGGCAUCAUUGUUACCAUUAUCACAACCACCAAGAUCAUCACCAUCAACACCAUCAACUGCUUCAUAUUAAAAUGCCAUCAUCAUCAUCAGCAGUAACAACAGCAGCAGCAUGACCAGCAUUAUCAUCGUCAUCACCAUAAUAUCAUCGAAAUCAUCAUCAUCAAAAAUAAAACACAAACAGCGGUGAUAAACAUUGUGAACGUUCGCAUUUUUAUAUAAACUUGACGUUUCGUAUGCUAUAUAGUUUAUGAAGUGCCGCUGACCACCCCACCAAGAAUACGACUGCGGGCUCCCGUAUGGCUCCUCCGCAAUAAGCAAGGCGUUACUGUUUUGCCCACCAGGUACUUUAAUGUUAUAUAUAAAAAAGUAUCAUGCAAUUGAUGUAAGUUUUGUUCCUUGUUUAUUCUAUCCCAUCAGGCGCUGCGGCAGUGAAGGCAGGCGGUGGCUCUCCCCUGAGGGGUGGUGCGGGGGCAGGUCAACAGCCUGUUCAAGUGGUCAUCAAGGACUCACCUAUCAUACUGGCACAGGUAUCCGUACUCUUAAAUUUUGACUCAACAAGUUUAAUUUCAACUAAAUUCGAUUACACAUUGUAGACGGUAAUUAAGAUUCCAGUCCCCAGUAUCUGAGGAAAAACACCGUGUGAUUCGCAUUAGAGGAAUGUUCGUCGAUGAUUUUAGUCAUCAAUACGUACCCGCGUGUCCGCUGAAUUGUAACACGCACGACACCAUACUGUGGGCGUACGUUGUAAGGCUCAAAGGCAUGAUCACGUGAGAAGACAUCGCGUGAACAACAGCAAACACUGCUGGACAUGUACUUCCAUAACGCCGAAACAUUUCCGUUAAUAAUCAACGAAAUUUUGUUCCAAGUCUUCUUAAUCAUUUUCUUGAAAAACGUUUUUCAUUGCCUAAUAAGAUUUAACACUUGUGAAAUUUUACGUUGAGAUUCAAAUAUGACAAAAAACGUCAUGUAGUGAGGAAAAACAAAUGGCAUAAAAUGAACAUUUUAAUGUUUUUUGUCAUGUCCCGAUUACUGUUACUUGAGCUUCUUUUACCUUUUUAGGUGGAUUCGCUCAAGAUUGCUUUGAAGCAUCUAAGAAAUGAAAACAUCAGGCUCAAAAGCCAGCAAUUGAAGGUGCGAGGACGUUUUACAUGGUCUAAAUUACGUUGGUAUUCAGUCAGUCAGUCAUUUAGGGAGUUUGUGUGUGUGUGUUUUAUUUUUUUAUUAUUAUUAUUUUUUUUUUUUUUCAUUCAGCCUUCCGGUUUAUCAGCUAGUUAUUUUCAUACUCUUUUUGUCAGUGGUCAGUUCUUACGUAUGUCAGAGAUUCAGUCAGCCAAGUAGCUAGUUUGUAUGCCUAUUCGUCAGUCAGUCAGUCCGUUUUUUAGCUUGUUAUGCAGUCUUUUGCCAAAUUAAAGAACUAAUAUCUUAGAAAUGUGGAAUACUUCAUAGAAAGUGCAUACGUGCGAUAUUUACGCACGAAUUGGUGAUGUGUGAGGGCAGCGAAUGAGUGAAAUUUCUGUACAAAACACUUUCCAUGUGGCAUUGUGUUGCUUAUAUUCGUACUGUGAAAUUUGAACUUAAUAUCUGCAUUCACGCAUUUAUUUUCAAAUAAUCAAGUCAUCAAUCGAUAUGGCCUGGUUUGACUGUAAGUAGCUUUAUCAGGGGGCAAGGACUUCUCGACUUUACGCAUUGACUUUUUCAAAUAAUCAAUUCACUAAUAGACACAAUAAUUUGACCUGCUUUUUGACUGUAAACCUAAUUUGAUUUGCGGUUUCAAACGAAAGACAGGUCAUAGGCUGGCUACGCCCCUGCCGAUGAAUAUAUAAAAUACCUCGCUUCUUUUUUGUUCUGUGCUUAUAUGGACAUUUGUCAUUCCGUCCUUUUCUUUACGUAGCAACAACUGGAAGAUUUGCCCAAAAUAUACGUGCCACCAAGAAUCCAGUCUUCCACUGAACCUGAACAGAAAUCUGAAGAAAAAGCCAGUGAGGAAAAACCCGAAAAAGAAGCUGGUCCAAGCCUGAAUUCCAUCACAAGAGAAACUAACAAACUGAUGGAGGUAUUUAAAUAACAUGACUUUGCCACAAGUUAUGUUUUAUCCAUUCUAUCUCUGGCGUUUUUUUUUCUUUCUCUCUGUGUGACCUGGUGCUUUAUAUCUGAUGAACGAGGACGAGUUCAAGCGCAAAGAAAUUAUUUGUGAUAGGCUCUGUCACGAUGUCAAGUUAACACAAUUUUAGUGAAGUUUGAAGAAACAACAAAACAUUAAUUUAAGGUGUCUAACCUCAUUUUCAGACUCAGAUAAGGGAAUUCAAAGAAGUUGGCAAAAGAAGUGUUUCACUAAUUAACGUGUUAUCCGCUUUUUUCCUUGUCAGAACCUGCAAAAGAUGAGCGCUUUUCCUAAAGUGGUGGAUAUUUCUAAAAGAAAACCUGGUAAGAUGAUUGAUCGCUAAAGAUGAAAAGAGCAAUAUUUUUUGUUUAUUUUCUACUCCAUCCUAACCAUAGUUUGAUUAUCAAUAGGGUCAGUUCCUGCGCUCAAUAAACUGACACCUGCCAAUCAUUUGGUAGAACGAGCUGCUAUGUUAAGAGAUCUCAAACGACAGAAGGAAGAGGUAGGCUUUACAAUUAUUUGAAUCGUUAACACUUCAGUAACCUUGUGCAGCAAAAUAAACAGUGCCCCGGCGCAAAACCUUUAAUCUGCCCGGUGCACUUCAGAAACUGAAUCACAGCCUCAACAGUUAGAGACUUUCUCAGAGUUUAUUUAUUUUAUUUAUUGAUUGUUUGAUUGAUGGAUUGAUUUUUUUGUUGCGCUUUCGGGACUUCGUCGCUCGCUCUUUUGCUGCUUGACCUAAUUAAAACCCGCUUCGCUAGUCUCUCUUCUCUCUAGUCUCCAUCGAGCACUGGGGGAUUUGAACCAAAUCUACACCUAUUACUUCAAAAUAAAUAGUAUAAAAGAAAGUGUUGAUUUUUAUUAGUAGAUUUCAUUAGUGAUUUGCGUCUUCCAAAAACGCAAUGAUUAGAAUCAUAUACUUUACGAAGGGAAAAACUGAUUACUGAGUCAGAAUAGAGUGAUCGUUGAGAAUUCACUCUAUCUUGUUUUACUGAUUUUUAAUGUUUCUCAACUCUUUCCAGCUUCAAGGCAAAAUCCAAAAAUUAAUAGCAGCCGAAUAUCCUGGAGGAAUAUCUCAGAGUUCCUUCUCGUCGUUCUUGUCUCCAGAUUUUUCCAAGGUAUUGUUAGCUGACGUAAAUCUUCUAUCAAGUGCUCCGCAGGGUUUAUUUAUUUCAAACACGUUUGAGGGGGUAGGGGAAGCUUUAUAGAGACGGGUAGCUUAUUUGAGAGUGGGGGGCUUAUUUAGUCCCCAUUUACACGCGCUUAAAAAAUCGGCAUGGCACGCCAAAUUUUUGGCACUGUGCUGACGAUUUUACAUGUAAGGCACGGCACUCCCAAUUUUCCACGUGUAAACGUGUCGGUCCCAAAUGUAAUGUGGCACCAGUGCUCAAAAUUUUAGGGGUGCCGAGACUACCUCCCGGGGGUAGUCUCGGCACGUGUAAACGAGGCACGGUGCCAAAAAUUUGGCGUGCUGUGCCGAUUUUUUUAGCGCGUGUAAAUGGGGUUUUAAUCUAGCGAAAUGGGGCGCCAUACUACCUUUUCAAACAACCAGAGGAUGGUAAAACGCAAAGUGGAAAAGCUCAAGCACAUGAAGUCAGAGGUCAUGAAGCCGAUGAUCAAUAGCAACUCCAAAUUUCCAGCACAUUAAUUAACAAUAUCGGAUCAGUCCACAUAAAGUGUUACAGCUAUCAAUACAGUCUAUCAUUUGUUCAUUUGGUUGUGAAUGAUGAGGUGGGGUGAGCUUAGUAACUUUCUUCCCCCGAAAAGAGGGGUUUAUUUGAGAGAGGGGACUUCAUAGUGAAUUUACAGUAUUUUGAAUGAAUUUCCGAUCCGAUCCGGGUCAUUUGCUUGCAGUUCAAUAAAGUUGUAAGGAGUGUCACAUUAUGGUCUAUCAGACUAUCAUGCAUAGACGGCUAUGAAAGCACUUUAACUAUAGGCUGCCUAGAACGCAUGAAGAUGCUUUUGUUUUUCUUUUGUUCGCAAAAGCUCAGAUAUGCGCAUAUUUCGCCGCGAAAAAUUUAGGCCCCGUCCACACCAUCCCUGAUAUUUUCGGGUCGUCCCCGGUGUAAUAUAAUUUAUUCGUUUUCUUUUUUUUAUUGAUUAUUGUCAGGGUUAAGUUUAUUUUUGAGGAUGUUCUUUUUCCUUUGUUUUACGUCAGCUGUGAGUAAUAAAUUGGAUUACACCGCAGAUGAGCCAUAUUUUCAAACGAAUGCGCCUUCCAUACACAAAAAAUCAACAGUGAUUAGUGUUCGUAGCAGUCAUAAGAAAAUGAGGCAUGAACGCAAUGCCUGCUCAGUUUAAAAUUCGCGGCUAUUCAAAGCGCUUUUGCAUUCAGUUUUGUCGCUUUGCUGAUUAUGAUGUCCACGCAUUCUGAGCUAUCGGGCAGGGCAAAAUAAAACACUUCUGGCUCUUCUGUUAGAGCCGGUAAAAUUGUCUACCUAGUUCGUAUUAACAUUUUAAACGAUGAGCUUCCACUACAGUCAUCAAAAUAAAUUGUUCAAACAUUUUCUCUGUGAUCUUCUAGGUGCUCCAAGAGAAGGCACAGGCACCCCAGCUUGGGAGAGUUACCAUUCCUGUACCAUCACGUACAAAGUCAAAUAAGUAUUGCGUAACAUUGAAACCUCAAGAGUUCCGAACACUUCAUACGGUUUUUGUCAGCUAGAAAUCGGGAACGUACACUUAUUUUAUCAAGAUGAAUAUGUUAUUUAAAGAGGGGUAUAUGACAAACUGCAGCAAUUUGCGUCAGUGGCACAAUUUUAUCGCUGUUAUAAAUAGCGUGGAUGCCAAGCUUGGCUCAUUUUAGCCCGUGCACGUAGUAAAGAAGUCGUAUUUAAAAUAGUGCAGAUAGGUCUAAACAGUUUGAA